CUUCAUCCACCACCAUUUCUGCAUUUCGCAGUCGUCGUCUCUCACCUUUAAGAAAGAGGCGAAAGAAACAAACGCGGAAGGAGAACGCGAACCCAAUUUUUUUUUUAAAAAAAAAUUCUGCUUGUCUGAUUUUUGGAUAUGGCGUCGAAGCGGAUCUUGAAGGAAUUGAAGGACUUGCAGAAGGAUCCUCCUACAUCUUGCAGUGCAGGACCUGUGGCCGAAGACAUGUUCCACUGGCAGGCGACGAUCAUGGGUCCUACAGACAGCCCUUAUGCCGGAGGUGUUUUCCUCGUAACCAUUCAUUUCCCUCCGGAUUACCCUUUUAAACCUCCAAAGGUGGCCUUUAGGACAAAGGUGUUCCAUCCAAACAUUAACAGCAACGGUAGUAUCUGCCUCGACAUCUUGAAGGAGCAGUGGAGUCCUGCUCUUACUAUUUCCAAGGUGUUGCUAUCGAUCUGUUCUUUGUUAACGGACCCGAACCCGGAUGACCCGCUGGUGCCCGAGAUAGCUCAUAUGUACAAGACCGACAGGAACAAGUACGAGUCCACUGCCCGGAGCUGGACCCAGAAGUAUGCCAUGGGCUAAGACAGAAGACUCUGUCUGUCCCCUGCAAGAAGGGGAAACCUCUUUCUCUAUAACUCGUGGUUAUUCUAUCUGUGAUAUGUAUGAUUCAUAAGCAUUUCCGUCUUUACGAUUCCAAAAAAAAAAAAACACGACAAUGAAAAACGACCCUGAAAACGUUUGAUGAUCUUUCAUGGGAACUAGAAACUGUAUCCUCUGUGAUGAUGUUUUUUGUGCGAACAACCAAA